UACGAAGUCGGCAAGUCCAUAUUUUUCCGGCUAUCUUGACGACAAUGCUGCUUUCCCUGGCAGAGCAAAGAGCCUAACCUCAGUAUCUUGACUAGCACUUGCCAUCGAUACCUUAAUCACUUUCCAGGUCAACUGUGGCUGUCUUCAUCUUUUCAAGUAAUUUUGCCUGAGCAGGUAGCCAGUCUCCCAGUAAACAACAUCAUCAUCACAAUCAACAUACCGAAGAUCUAUCAGCAUCAUCAUGACCUCUUUCACGAAAUUCAAUAGGCUUCCUCAAGAACUACAGCUGCAGGUUUAGAAACACGCCGCGAAUAGCCACUUUGAAGAACGAGAACCAACCGCUCACUUCACUGACUUCUGGAGCACCCUCGGUGGAGGUACGGAACUGUGGCUCAAAGUCACAUCGCACGUAUCAGUCUUCGAUGAGAGCCUGGCACCGCCGGACUAUCCAUUACAUACGGCAUUGAUGUGGACCUGUCGGAACUCACGAGCAACUGUCUCGAGAAUUGCACGAAACUGGAUGCCCCGCAACUCACUAUCUCUUAAGUAUAUGAAAAGGCAUACGAUCCAUCACUAUACUCAUAUGCGCUUUCGAAUCCCUCCCAAAACGUGGGCAGGAGGAGAAAGUGAGUUAAUCGAUACCUCUCGCGACCUCAUCAUCGCCUGCAGACCUCCUGUCUUCACGAGUAAUACGAUGUGGGCAGGCCCAACAACAUUUCCAAAAGUCCAGUCUAUCGGCGUUCUUUAUGAAUACGAACCUCCAUCCGAUAAAUCGCAGCACGCUUUGAGUAUCUUUACCAGCUUUAGAGAUUUGAACAUACUUCUACGCAUAUUCCCCGGACUUCGUGUCCUAUACAUCCUCGUCAAGCCCCAAGACACCAUUGAACCGAUGGCUGGUCCGCCACGGUUCACCGACUGCAUGAUGAAUUACUAUAAGGCUUAUGAAAAGACUGCGGAGCAGUUUCCUCCCAAGACAUUCCAUGCCCGCCAGAGGAUUUACUACGAACUACCCAAAGCAAUCACCGUAGGGAUGUGUACGGGCUUGCAAAGGGCGAUUCACAUGGUCAGGUGGGUUUCUUUUCUGUUGCAGAGGACAGAUAUGCCCCAGCUUGCUAUACGGGUCAUGACAUGGAAAGACUCUCGAGGAGCUCGAGGGCGUUUUGACAUCAGUUGAAGGAAGCGGGAGGAGUUCGUCACAGGGAGAAAACUUCAUUAGCGUCUUUGAGGCAAGCAGUGAUCAAUAAAGUGCUAGUAAAUGGCCAAAGUUCAGGCAAGACUUAUAAAAAGAUUUGUGAUAAGUUUUAGGGCCGCUCUUAAAGAUUUCAUAAUCUGAAGCAUUGCUUGGGUGAAUUUAUCAUGUGUUUAGCAAUUCUCUUCUAGACUUGAACAAUCUUAUACGCGCAGUAAUGAAGUGAAG